AUGUAUUAUCAAUUGAUAUCACAUUUAGCUUCGUUACAAUACCAUCUAGAUAGAAGUAUUAUUAAUUUUCAAAUCAAAGAUGAUUCUGAUGUACCAUUAAUUAGUUUUGAUGAAACUCAUUCCUAUUAUGGGUAUUUACGUGAUGGAUUAAUAAAACGAGGAAUUCCAAGUUUGAUUAAUACUCUUGCUUGGCCUAAUGGUAUAUCAUUAGACAAAGCAAUUAUACUGAAUACAUGGACAGCAAUAGAAUAUACAGUUAAACAUUCUACAUCAGAUGUAUUAGCAGUAUUACGAAAUCAUGCACCAAAUCACAAUCCAUUUAUGGUUAUGGAAUAUUAUCCAGACUGGAUAGAUUAUGAAGGACAACAUCAUCGAGCAAUCGAUAGUAAUAUAUUUGCCGAAGGUGUAGAUAAAAAAUUAAAAUAUAAUGGUUCAAUUAAUUUUUACAUGGUAUUUGGUGGAACAAAUUUUCAAUUUACAAACGGUGGUGAUCAAACACUAGCAUAUCAUCCAAUAAUAACAUCUUAUGAUUAUAAUGCUAUAAUUACAGAAUGUGGUGAUGCAUAUCCAACAAAAUUUAAAGCUGUACGUGAUAUUAUUGCAAAAUAUCUACCAUUACCCACUAAUCCCAAUACCGGUGAGCCAUUGUUAUUACCAUGGAUGCAAGACCGAGCAGUUGUCUUAUUAGAUGAAAUGACAAAUCCAAAUCCAAGAUUAGAUAUUUUGAUGGAAAACAAAGUACGUUGUUGUGGUGAUUUACCAGACUUAGGAUGCAAUUUUUAA